AUUUUACAAGCGGUUGGUUUGUGUAAAGUAUGAGUUUAAGCGGUACCAAUGGUAGAGUUCCAUACGACGAGGAGGUGGGGUUUUUACCAACCUCAAAAGAUAGUCCUGAUACGAAUGAAAAUGAAGCAGGACAAAAGGACACCUAUCGUUUACUUACAAGAGAAGACUUGAUGCAGCUAGACAGCAAAGAGCCGUUGUGGUUACGUCUUCGAUGGGGUCUAUUUAUAUUGUUUUGGAUUGUUUGGAUUGGACUCCUCUUAGCGGCAAUCUUAAUAAUAGUGUUCACUCCCAAGUGUCCUCCAAGACCUGUUCUGCCUUUCUGGAGAUCAAGUACUGGGUAUUGGGUCAACCCAUUUGCUUACGCGGAUUCUACCGGUGACAAAAUCGGAGAUCUACGAGGCUUGGUCGAAAGACUGGGAUAUAUCAAAAGUACUAUAGGUGCGGGAUUCAUUGUCCUCAGUUCUAUUUUCUCCGGUCAGUUUACUAAUGACCAGAAAACAUUGGGUCUUGUGGACGAUUUCUAUACUAUUGAUCCUGCAGCUGGUACUAUGGAAGAUUUUAAGUAUUUUGUGAGGUCGUGCCACAAAAAUGGUAUUCAUGUGGUCUUGACCAUGGACUUUAAUUCUGUCUCUGCGAAACAUUCAUGGACUGAUUCAACGUCUAUGCUCGAACCAUAUCCGAGUGGUGGACGGGUUUCCCGUUUAGGUGGCGAUGCAAGGACCGUUAUACAAGGCACCGGAUAUUACUCAGUUUUUGGUUCACAGUUUGUUGAUCUUAAUCUGAGAGAGUCAGUUACAUUAGAUCGUGUUUCUGAUGUGGCAAAGUUUUGGCUCAAUGAGGGCAUAGAUGGUAUUCUCUUAGACAAUGUUGCUUUCUAUGUUGAAAACAGUGCAGAACCCACCGCCCCGAUUACAAAAGAGUUGGGUUCACAAUGGUUUGCCAAAUAUCCGACAUCACAAAUUUACCUGAAUGAAUCAGUGGAGGUUGUUCGCAGAAUUAGAAAGGUUGUCGAUGAAAUGUCGGAGUCCAGUGGGAAACCAAAGUUAUUGGCAGUUGAUGCUGGUAAUACAGGAUAUGGUAUUAGUGAGAAGGAAGACCCUUCCAUGCAGUAUCUCGGGACGAAAGAUUCGCCAGCAGCACAUGUAGUUGUAAGCCGUCAGUUUGUUAAGCAGCGUGGUUGGAAAGCACCUCCAACUAAUCCUCUCGUGAUAAACAACAAUAUUUUGACGUAUGAUAUGCUAAGUGUGGAUGACAGAGAUUCCAUGGCUUUGGCAGCUGCUUCAACUACUGACCCUAGACAGUCUGAUCUAGUUGCUUUGGCUUCUACGUUUCUGCUUCCAGGCACUUGUCUACUGUAUUAUGGUUCGGAGUUAAAUGAGGAGACGAGAAAUACCGAAUUCACUGCCGAUUUUUACCCGUUUGAUGAGAAGACUGUGUUCACUGGCUCUAACGAAACUGAUGUGCUUUUAUCUCAAUUAGCCAUGCCUUGGGAUCAAUCUGGAGUUGGUUUCUCGGCGAUGCUAUCAAAUGUUACUUCUUUUACAGAAUAUUUGAAAGCCUUUAAAUUUAAUGAAACAGUCGAGUCCGCAACAUCAAGUGGUCGUGGGAUUACUUCUCUCUCACUUGUUCAAGAUCUUGUAGUGAUCCGUAAAAAUGAAAGCUUGCUAUGGGGAAGUUUCAGGAUGUUGCAACCCAGUCGCAUUACAGAAGAGUUGAAUUUUGAGGUAUUUGAACGCAAAGCCGAAGGUUUCCCAGCUUUCAUAAUUGUUUUACGCAAAGAGUCCAAUGCGGUCAGUGGGACAUUUGACUUUUCUAGUGUGUGCCCUAGCAUCAUUCCAAAAAUAAUCUAUCCUCCAAAUAAAAAUUUCCCAAUUGAUCAACCAGUUAGUAGUCAACGUGUUUACCUGAAAUCUGAUGGGCAGCCUAUGAUAUAUGUUUUCAAAUGCCAAUGAAAUAAGUAAACUUACCGAGGUUUCAUAUGUAUGCAGUCAAUAACUGAUUUGUUGUGCUUGAACUAACAUGUCCAAGCCACCGAAUUUGGUGUUUCAAGAUGGUGACACCAAUUGCAUUAUCGUCUCUGUGCCCGAACACACGAUGCUGAAACUCUGCAUUACUAACAUGGUGUUGCCACUGGAUGUCAGGAAUCCUUCGGAGACAACGAUGAUCAAACUCAGAGAGUCGUCUAACGUCCUCAACUCGGAGAGACCAGGUUUCACAGGCAUAGAGCGAAACUGCUCUCACCGACGCGUUGUAAAUCCGAUCUUUUACAGCCAGACUAACAUCAUGAAGGCGCCAAAGAUGGCCCAGAUUGGCAUAAGCCGCUCUGGCUUUCACUAUACGUGCAUUGAUCUCAUCACUCACACCCCCACCAGCACUUACGCAGCUACCCAGAUACACGAACUUCCCGACUAUUUCUAUCUGCUCACCAUCCAGAGUGAGUACAGGAUUAUGAUCCUGCCAGUCCUGUAGAAGUACUUUGCAUUUCGAAGGUGCAAAGCGCAUACCAUACCUACGGACACUGACUGCCAACUGAUUAAGUGUGGAUUGCAUGGCUUGAGCAUUAUCGCACAGUAAGACAAUAUCAUCCGCAUACUCAAGGUCGAGAAGUCUUCCUCCAGGCAACAGAUCCACACCGCCAUUACUUACACCCAUCAGAGCUGUUUCCAGAAUGUCAUCGAUGGCAAAGUUGAAGAGGAAUAGUGAGAUUGGGCAGCCCUGCCUAACCCUACUGCUCGAAUAGAACAAUGGAGAAAGGUGGUUGUAUGCCCUCACUCUGCCUGAGGUGUUUGUAUAUAGGGCUUUUAGGAUGUUAAUAAAAUUCUCAGACACACCCUUCUUCAAUAGACAAUCCCAGAGAACAGUCCUAUCUACUUUCAUGUAUAAGGGUUUCCAACGUUUAACUAUUGAUAAGAGUUUUGUUAUUGUAUUUUAUUAUUCUUACUAUUAUCAGUUCACCUGUCUUCCUACUAUCAACUUGUACUUUUACCUAUUAUGUGUAGAGACUUACUCUAUUUCAUUGUGAUUAUUGACUCAUAUUGCCUUGAUUGGUUUACAUUUUCGUAUAAAUAUUCAUGUAUAUUAGAGUGAAGCCUGAUGACGAUCUAAUUGAAAACAAUUGAUUGCUUA